AUGGACUUAUUCCACGCGAUCACCCAGACCGUAGAUACUGUCCUGACCUGUCACUGGUACGACUCCUUCAAAGGCUUCAAAAUGGACAAUUCUAAGUCCGACGAUAAAACUAUGGAUACAGUGGCUGGCGGCGAAAGUACUCAGUACGAGUCCAUCAAGACUGUGACUCAGCCAACCGAGAAGCAGAGGGGACAAAUGGGUUCUGGCCCAAACACGUCCGAUACACCGCCAACUUCCCAAGACCGUGGCCGACAGUCCGCAGACAACAUCAGAUACGGGCAAAACAUUUCCGAGUCUGGUAUGGGUGGCACAACAACAACUUCCAGUGGGGUCGCAUCUCAGGGAGCCGGAUAUGGUGGAACUGCAGAUCAAUCUGAGAGUCAGAAGGACUCCCGGCCGCAGCAGGGAUAUGGUUCAGGAUCUGGAGUAGGGGCAUGA